GAUUUGCAAUAUGUCACUAGUUAGUUAUAGACAAUUCAUUAUCUAUCUCCUCCUCCCAGUCGUUGUGUGAUUCUCCUUCCAUCGCCGGCGAUGACUCCUCUAACCCUUUCGUCGCCGUCCCUGAACCGCGUCCUUUUCCUCACCUCCCGUUACUCUCGCUCUCCGUUUCUCCGCAAUUUCAAAUCCCUCCCUUUGAUCCACCGGAAACUACCUCACAACCAUCUUCUCGGCGCGAGGUGCGAAGCUAGCAGCAGCUUUACCGCGAAGUCUUCUAAAGAGAUUCGAAAGGCUCGAGCCGAAGCAGUUGUGGACGAGAAGCUUACCGCGCUCCGGCAACAGUUUUCUAAGCCGGGCGUUGGAAUCGAUGCUUACAUCAUACCUUCGCAAGAUGCUCAUCAGAGCGAGUUUAUAGCAGAGUGCUAUGCGAGGAGGGCUUUUAUAUCAGGGUUUACAGGAAGUGCUGGUACCGCUGUUGUCACUAAGGAUAAGGCCGCUCUAUGGACAGAUGGCCGCUAUUUUCUUCAGGCGGAGAAGCAAUUAAACUCUAGCUGGACUCUCAUGCGUGCUGGUAAUCCGGGAGUCCUUACUGCAAGUGAAUGGGUUGCUGAUGUUUUGGCUUCUGGUGGAAGAGUUGGUAUUGAUCCUUUCCUUUUUUCUGCCGAUGCAGCUGAGGAAUUGAAGGAGGCUAUAGCAAAAAAGAACCAUGAGUUGGUUUACCUAUACAAUGUAAACCUUGUGGAUGAAAUAUGGAAGUACUCGAGGCCAAAGCCUCCAAGCAAACAAAUAAGGGUACAUGACUUGAAGUAUGCUGGUGUAGACGUGGCGUCGAAAUUGUCGUCUCUGAGAAAUGCAAUUAUGGAUGCUGGCGCAUCUGCCAUAGUUAUAUCCAUGCUUGAUGAGAUUGCAUGGGUGCUUAAUCUGAGAGGGAGCGAUGUUCCACAUUCACCUGUUAUGUACUCAUAUCUGAUUGUAGAGGUUGACCAAGCCCAACUCUUUGUAGAUGAUUCCAAAGUAAAUGAGGAGGUGAAAGAUCAUUUGAAGAACGCAGGGAUUGAACUUAGACCUUAUGAUUCCAUUCUUCAAGAAAUAGAUAGUCUGGCAGCGCGAGGAGCUCAGCUCUUGAUGGAUCCAUCAACCCUCAACGUAGCUAUCAUUAGUACCUACAAAUCUGCGUGUGACAAAUAUUCGAGUAAGCCCGAAAGCAAAGAAAAAUUUACUGAUGGCUCCAGCACGAAACCCUCUGGCAUUUACAUGCAGUCUCCUAUCUCCUGGUCAAAAGCCAUUAAGAAUGAUGCCGAGCUACAGGGAAUGAAGAACUCUCACUUGAGGGAUGCUGCUGCUCUAGCUCAUUUCUGGGCCUGGCUGGAAGAAGAAGUGCACAAGAAUGAGAACCUUACGGAGGUUGAUGUCGCUGACAGGCUCCUGGAGUUCCGUUCAGUGCAGGAUGGGUUUAUGGAUACAAGCUUCGACACGAUAAGUGGUUCAGGUGCAAAUGGAGCUAUUAUUCACUACAAACCAGAGCCAGAGAGCUGCAGUCGCGUAGACCCUCAAAAACUUUUCUUACUGGAUAGUGGAGCUCAAUACGUCGAUGGAACAACAGAUAUCACCAGAACAGCACAUUUUAGUGAACCUUCUGCCCGAGAAAAAGAAUGUUUCACCCGAGUUUUGCAGGGUCAUAUAGCUCUUGAUCAAGCCGUGUUCCCAGAAGGUACUCCUGGUUUUGUAUUGGAUGGGUUUGCACGCUCUUCUCUAUGGAAAAUCGGACUGGAUUACCGCCAUGGGACAGGACACGGUGUAGGUGCUGCACUCAACGUGCAUGAAGGUCCUCAAAGUAUUAGCUUUCGGUAUGGAAACAUGACCCCUAUUCAGAGUGGUAUGAUAGUAAGCAACGAACCGGGAUAUUAUGAAGACCAUUCUUUUGGAAUCAGAAUUGAGAAUCUCCUUCAUGUGAAAGAUGCUGAAACACCAAACCGCUUUGGUGGUGCUACGUACCUUGGAUUUGAGAAGCUUACAUUCUUCCCCAUUCAGACAAAGAUGGUUGAUGUUUCUUUAUUAUCUCAUGCUGAGAUUGACUGGCUUAAUAGUUACCACGCUGAAGUCUGGGAAAAGGUUUCACCUUUGUUAGAAGGUCCUACUCAGCAAUGGCUCUGGAACAACACUCGUCCAUUAGCCAAACCAUGAUCGAACCAAACCAAAUGUUAUUCCCACUUCCAAUGAAUGAAUAUAACCAAAAUCCACUCAUUUGCUGGUUUGUGUAAAAUUACAAAACGUAAUACUAUUCAUGUAAGUUUACAACAGAAGGCCCGCUUUUAUUAAUAAUCUCGGAUUAA